CUGUUAAGAAAAUUGAGCAAAUUGAAAUGUUGCUCGUUUGGAAAUGUUCCUCAUUACUUUACAGGUUUACAAGUGGUUCUGAAGUCGAUAUUGUGUGCGAUGGCUCCAUUGCUACAAAUCGGACUGCUUGUGCUGUUCGCUAUUGUGAUUUUUGCCAUUAUCGGUCUGGAGUUUUACUCUGGGGCAUUCCAUUCGGCAUGCUACAAUGAUCGAGGUGAAAUCGAGAAUGUCAGCGAAAAGCCGUCACCAUGCACAAACAAAACCACCACAAUGGGUGUGUACAACUGUGACGUUGAAGGCACGACAUGUCUAAAUAAGUGGAUUGGUCCAAAUUACGGUAUCACAUCAUUUGAUAACAUUGCCUUUGCUAUGAUCACCGUAUUCCAAUGUAUUACUAUGGAAGGAUGGACGACCGUCAUGUAUUAUACAAACGACUCGCUAGGAAGUACGUAUAAUUGGGCGUAUUUCAUUCCACUUAUUGUGCUCGGAUCGUUCUUCAUGUUGAAUCUCGUUCUUGGUGUUCUAUCCGGAGAAUUCGCGAAAGAAAGAGAACGAGUGGAAAAUCGGCGGGAGUUUCUGAAACUUCGUCGACAACAGCAGAUCGAGCGCGAGCUCAAUGGCUACCUCGAGUGGAUCAUGGCAGCUGAAGAAGUGAUUCUCAAAGAAGAUCGAACUACUGAAGAGGAGAAGCAAGCCAUCCUUGACGGUCGUCGAAGAGCAGAGACAAAGAAGAAGAUGAAAGAUGCCUCUAAGCAACAGUCAACUGAAACGGAAGAGGACAUGGAAGAGGAAGAGGAGGAACUCGACGAGGAGUAUCUCGACGAGGGAGGCGAGCCAGGAGAAGAUUUCGGUAGAGGCGCGAGUGCUGUGCAUGACGUUAACGAGUCGCACGCGUUCUGCUCUAUAUCGCACCACGUUUCGCCUCUAAUGUGCAUAGCAAUAAUAGGGGCUUGA